UUGUCUUAGCAAUCCAUCUUUUCAAUAUCCUAUGAAAUGGUGUGGCUGCAGUAUAGUCAGUGGUGAGGGCGUGCCUAGUAACUGUAUCCAAGGCCUUAGUUUCGCUAAGAAACUAAGUUCACCUAGAAAUGGGAACAUUUUGGGAAAAGAUUGAAAACCCAUAUAAGAGAUAAAAGAUGAAUUAUAUACAUUCAAAAUAUUCUCAUUUAUUCAACAUACAUUGUAGGAGAAAGCAUCACAUGACAUACAAAUGUAAAUGCGAUUUAAACUUUGUUGAUUAAAAAAUUACAGCAAUUUGCAAAAAAAAUUACAGCAAUUUGCAAUAAAUGUUUUUUGAAAGAAUUAAAAGAAAAUAUACUGAUAGUAACAGGGAAUACUAAAAAAAAACGGGGGGGGGAUUUCCCCCCAGGUUUUCAAAAAUCUUUGUCAUUAAGUACAUAUUUAAAAUGAGGGGAAAUGUGCUUUAAAGUAGUUGUCACCUUGAUGCAUACCCAGGUUUUAAGCUGAUUCAGGGUGAGAUUUACUGUGAACCUGAGCCUGUUGAAAUGUGAGCCUCCCGAACCCUCCUGCUUUAGGCAAACAGUAACCCUUGGAAUGGGAUCUUACGUUUCACAAUAAGAACACAGACAAUGAGCUUUUACAAAUAAUGAAUUAUUAAAUGUUACCAAAAACUAGUUAAAAUCACUCUCCAGUCAUUUACGUUAAAAUGCUGCUUUUUUAUUUUAUUAUAGCUUUUCAACCAUGUGAAAUUUCAUAUAGUGACCGCCCCUCACCGUUCAGAUUGAAAGCCCCCUGGAAUUUUGAAAAUGACCCAAAUUAUUUGAAGACUUUAAAUGUAAAUACCUCAUGGUUUAGUCCUGCUGUUGUACAGCUGGGUAACUUGAAAUUGGAAUACCUACAAAUCGUUGUAUUGCUAAGACUGGAGACGCUGUUUUCUUUUACAAAGGGAAAGCUAAGUUCAUUUCAAGGCAUUCGAAAUGGGGAAAGACUAUUAUUACAUUUUGGGAAUUGAAAAAGGAGCUACAGAUGAAGACAUUAAAAAGGCUUACCGAAAGCAAGCCCUCAGAUUCCACCCGGACAAGAACAAAUCCCCGCAAGCAGAGGAGAAAUUUAAAGAGGUCGCAGAAGCCUAUGAAGUACUGAGUGAUCCUAAAAAGAGAGAGAUAUAUGAUCAGUUUGGGGAAGAAGGGCUGAAAGGAGGAGCGGGAGGUACUGAUGGACAAGGCGGUACCUUCAGGUACACCUUUCACGGAGACCCUCAUGCCACGUUUGCAGCCUUUUUUGGAGGUUCCAACCCCUUUGAAAUUUUCUUUGGAAGACGGAUGGGUGGAGGUCGAGACAAUGAAGAAAUGGAAAUAGAUGGUGACCCCUUUAGUGCCUUUGGAUUCAGCAUGAACGGAUAUCCCAGAGACAGGAAUUCUGUGGGACCCUCCCGUCUCAAACAAGACCCUCCUGUUAUCCAUGAACUUAGAGUAUCACUUGAAGAAAUAUUUAGUGGCUGUACCAAACGCAUGAAGAUUUCUCGUAAAAGAUUAAACCCUGAUGGAAGGAGUUACAGAUCUGAGGACAAAAUUCUCACCAUCGAUAUUAAAAAAGGGUGGAAAGAAGGCACCAAAAUCACUUUUCCAAGGGAAGGUGAUGAAACACCAAAUAGUAUUCCAGCAGACAUUGUUUUUAUUAUUAAAGACAAAGAACACCCCAAAUUUAAAAGAGACGGAUCAAAUAUAGUUUACACCGCUAAGAUCAGUUUGCGGGAGGCAUUGUGUGGCUGCUCAAUUAAUGUGCCAACGAUGGAUGGAAGAAAUAUACCUAUGUCAAUCAGUGAUAUUGUGAAACCUGGGAUGAGGAGGAGAAUUAUUGGAUAUGGGCUGCCGUUUCCAAAGAACCCUGACCAACGCGGUGACCUGCUGGUAGAGUUUGAAGUGUCUUUCCCUGAUGCCAUAUCCUCCUCCUCCAAAGAGAUCCUUAGGAAGCACCUCCCUGCCUCGUAGGAUGAGAAGAACCCUGCUACUCAUAUUUUGAUAAGACACUGAAAAUAUAAGAGGACUGGCACGGCAGUGGACGGAUGUGAAUUCUGUAUAGAGAUGUGUAAACUGCUGAGGGUUCAUUAAAUUGCAUGGCUAGAGACGGCUCAGAUGGGCAAAGUGGAUUUGUUUUUCUUUUUUUACAGUAGCGAUGGAGAAGAGAAACCACUCACUGUAUUGUAGUUUAUUUCUCCCAAACCAGAAACUUUUAGCAUUUCAUUUCUUAGUGACAGUUGGCUUUGUGGUCAGUAGAUGUACUUCUAGUAAAGUGCUAGGGUACCCAAGUACUUUAUUGUGUGUCUUUAAGUGAUUAAUGUGUUAGACGCUCUCAGUAGAAAUUAAAACUCUUACCUGUACAUGUAAUAUUCAGAGGAGAAUAAAAGUCAAAAUCACAUGGACAUGUCAUCUAGGUCACCUUCAGAAAUGCUCUUUUGGGCCGGUACCAGGAAAAGAACAUAUAUUUCAUAUAUACAUAUAUUUCACCAUUGUGACUUCUCAAGUAUGCACUUGCAUUUCUCAAGAGCGUGGUUGUGAUGUUCUUAAAGCAGCCCUCUUGAAAAAAGAUGACGAAUGACAGUUUAUCUCCUGUGAGAAUCCCAAUCGCCCAUGUUAAUGAUAUUUUACCAUAGUCCAUUUUAAAUGGGCUCCUGUACUUUCAUGCAAGUUUGACUAUAUAUCUUGAACUGAAUACAAUAAGCUCAUUUUCUUGUUCAUUAGUUUAAGAUAAUUUGUUUAAUAACAUUUGUUUUUAGAGGAAAUGUUUAAGAUAAUUUGUUUAAUAACAUUUGUUUUUAGAGGAAAUGUUUAAGAUAAUUUGUUUAAUAGCAUUUGUUUUUAGAGGAAAUGCUGUUACUUGGCAUUAACUUCCCAUUUACAAUCUUCCAUCCUCAUAAUAUGCUGUGUGCACCUUACAUCAUUUCCCCAAGGACACUGAGCUACCACUAUGAUUUCAAACCAAAUAUGGACAGAAUAGACACUACUGCUGCUCAUGGGCGUGUUGCUACUAGCUGUUGUGCAUAUAAAUAUUCUACUUUUUCAUGUAUAUAGAUUGUGUUUCCUGGUGUUUUAAUUUUUUAAAUAUAUUUACAUUUAAAA